AUGGAUUUUUUCAGCAAUCUACCAGACGAGCUAGUGUGUCAUAUCUUGUCCUUUCUUACGACCACGGAGGCUGCUUCAACAUCUGUUCUCUCAAAGAGGUGGUCCAAUCUGUUUGCACUUGUUCCUAACAUUGACUUUGAAGACACUGUGUUUUGGUCUUAUGAUUGCAAAAAAACUCCGUCGAGCUUCAUAGAUUUUGUGGAUAGAGUGAUGGCAUUGCAAGGUGAUUCUCCCAUUAAGAAAUUUUCCCUCAAGUGUCAAUCUGGACGUGUUGAUUCAGGUCGUGUGAAUAGUUGGAUAUGCAAUUGGGGGACUGGCCGUGAAGACACUUUCUUUCCAAUGCUUAAGACUCUGGUUUUUGAAGUAACAUUUAUUGAUUGUGGCAAGAUGGACAUGUUUCUUCAAGCUUUCCCUGUGCUUGAAGAAUUAUGCAUCGAUGCUACUAAAUGGACCGUGUGUGAUGAAACCGUGUCAAGUGAUACCCUCAGGAAGCUAACUAUCAAAUCAUACGGUUUUGGAAGCGUGUACCAUCCAAGGAGCAUUUCUUUUGAUACUCCACGUCUGGUUUACUUUAAUUAUGCUGAUUAUGUUGCCGAGGACUAUCCAAAAGUUAACUUUACGAAUUUAGUUGAGGCUCUACUCGACCUUACAGUAAAUGGAUUAAAAUUUAUGCUAGAAAUAACGUCAAGGGGCGAUGAGGAUCAUGUUUUUCUCCGUUUCCGAAAUGUGUCGAAGCUCAUGAGUGGCAUAAGACAUGUUCAGAAACUUUACUUAUCGUCCGAUACUCUCGAGGUGCUUUCUCUACGCUAUGAAUCCAUACCGGUGUUCAACAACCUCAAAGUUUUAUGUAUUAGGAGUUCCGCGCAUGGAGGAUGGCAAGCAAUGCCGGAACUCUUAAGGAGUUGUCCACUUUUAGAAACACUAGUCCUUAAGGGUCUCUUACACUAUGUGACGGAUAAAUGUGGCGAUGCUUGUGACUGUAUUUCUCGGGAGGACAAAGGGCGUUCGCUCAUAUCUUGUCCGGUGAGGAAGUUGCAGAUUGAGAGGCUUCAAAGAACAAAGAGAGAGUUAGAGAUGAUAAAGCAUUUCUUGGAGUCUUUUAGGUGUGUGAAGGAGGUGGAGAUUUAUGCUGAAGAGAACAACCUUGUAGACUACCUCCAAGUCCCUAGGGAGUUUGAACUCUUUAACGAGCUUUAUAGUUGUGAUGUCCGGUUCCUGGCACGUGGUUCUUUGCAUAAGACGUGGACUACUGUCUACUGCACAACGAAUCAAGUCGUCAAGGAAGAAAACUUUUCCUAGUUUAGAUUCGCGUUUAAAAGCUAAAAAUCAUACGGCUAACCAUUUGGGAUUUG